CUCCUUGACAGAUAACCUUGGUGUUUACAUCUGUAAACAAAAAGGAUCUCCUCAGGAUAUCUACGUUUCUGAUUGUUUAGCUAUGAAAUUCAAAACGUUGAACGUGGACGAGUUGGCAAAUGUAAUGAGACAUCAGAAGUGACCUGACCUUCAUGACCACCAGGACUCCUAAAGAGGCCAUACUGAUGGAUAAGAUGUUCAAAUUUCUUCAAAAGCACAGACUGGAGCCCUACUAUAAAAAAUUUCUCACUUUUGGUGUCAAAGAUGAGAGCGAUUUCAUUGAUGGCGUAAAUGGUGAAGAUUUAGACAAAAUGGGUUUAAGUCAAUUAGAGAAGAUUCGCUUUGAAAAAAUGAAAGAUUCCAUCCGAAGACUCAGAGCGCCACAGCAAGCGAUGCCUGUACAAAAAUCAAUGGAGGCUUUUAAUCUGCAGUACACAUACCCCCACUGUCCUGAGCUAAAAGAGAUCAGAGACAUGGAUCCUGCUACCAACACCGUUGAAGACCUGAUGCUAAGGAUCUGCCACCAAGAGGGCAUUGAGAACUCUAAAGCUGUGUGCCUCUACACCAUUGAGGGAAUGCCUCUAACUGAUGAUCCUUUCUUCAACACAUGGUCUUUGAAAGACAGGCACAUUCAAAAUGGAAGUAAGCUUUAUGCCAUGUUUACACCCAGGGAGAACCUGAAGCAAGCCCCCCAAACGCCACAGCGAGAGAUGAAUGACAUUAUAGGAGAGGAUAAUGUUCGAUGCCACAUCAUGCUCAAGGGAGACUUUGAGGUGAAGGUGGACUUGGCAAGUGACACACUACGAGAUCUGAGACAGAAGCUCUCUGAUGAAAGUGGAAUCCCAGCACAUGUCCUCCAUUACAAAUGUGAACGUGGUGGAGUUGGACGGACUUUGCUAGAUUGUGGAAUCAAUGAGGAGUCAACUGUGGUCUUUUCUCUGUCCUCCUUCCCUGAUGAGCGUCCAGACAUUAAGGAAUUCUACUUCAAUGAUGUCGUUCCCUCAGUGCAACAAUCCCAGAAAGGACUCAGUGCUUUCUUUUCUUCACUUUAUGCCAUUAACGAUAAACAUUAUGGAGAGGGAAUGAACAAAGUGAUUGCAUACAUUCGAAAGCUCAGUGGAUGCAAUCCUCUGGCGCAAAGUUUGUAUCAGCUGUUGUGCAGAAAUGAGAUUGGAACAACGACCCAGAAGGUUGCCAUCGUUGAAGGAUUGUACAAUCUCUUCAGAGAGCUGUUGCCAAGCCUCCACAAAAGAAGAGGUGACAAAAUCAUUGAAGACUCAGAUGUUUUUGAGAAUGCACCAGUGUGCUGGGCCUACCUGCUAUCUGAAGCAAAGAAAGAGAGUUCACAACAUGAGGUCUAUGCACCGAUAGUCUUGAACUCUCAACCUGGAGAACGUUUCUGCGACCCAGUUCGAGUACCUGGGUUACCAGAUGUCUUUGAGAGAGAGUAUGUUCUGCAGAAAAUCAAAGAUGGAGAGAAAAUCCCAAACUGCUCUGUGGAGAUCCUGACAGAGAAUGCAAUGUCUAGAGCCUCUGAUGUUGAAAAGAUUUUACUCAGCCUACCUCCAUCCAUCAAGACGUUCCCUGUUUGGAUUUCGUAUGGACGUGUAACUGGUCAAAACUUUCAGAUCAAUCUAGAAGGGACAUUUACAGAGAUGACUAAAGAAUUGAAAGCAUACCCUCAUCUGACGGUCACUCCACCACUGCUGUUGAAGGAUUUAGGAGUGAAUGGGCCACGUCUCGUCCUUUUGAAAGAAGAUAACCUUGGUGUUUACAUCGGUAAACAAAAAGGAUCUCCUCAGGAUAUCAAGGUUUUUGAUUGCUUAGCUGGGAAAUGCAAAACAUUUAAUGUGGACGAGUUGGCUCAUGAAAUGAGAGACACCAGGAGUGACCAGACAUUCAUGACCAGCAGGACACCAGAAGAGGCCAUACUGGUGCUAGUGGAUUCAAGCUCCUCCAUGAAUGAGACAUGCUAUGAUUCCGAUGACAACAUGACACGGUUGGAUGCUGUUAAACAGCUCUUUGAUAACUUUGCAACUAGAAGCAUGGCGUACAAUUUUCAUCAUGUCAUUGGCUUGGUGAAGUUUGACUCAUCAGUUAAAACUCUCCACACAUUUACAGAGAAUUUGGAGACCUUUAAGGAACACGUACACAAUCUGGAGGCCAAUGGAUGCACUGUGCUGUAUGAUGCCUUGAAACGUGGCAUGUCUCAACUGAAACAAGUUGGAGAGCAAUUUCCAGACUGCAGACUUCGCAUCAUAUGUCUCACAGAUGGGAAUGAUGAUGGGUCAAUGACUGAACCAGAUGCUGUCACAACCAAACUGAUGAGCCUGAACAUUGUUGUUGAUGCCAUCAUUGUUGGAAAGGUGGACAACAACAUGCUGAAUGGAAUCAGCAAUGCAACAGGAGGGUGUUGUUUUAAACCAGAGACGAGUAAAGCUGGUCUGAAGCUCUUUGAAAUGGAAACUGUUCUGUCUUUGGAGAUGAGGAAGCUGAAGAAGAAAUUGGAUCCAUCCUACAUUAAGAACGAGAGCAUUCUAGUUGCUCUCUUCGCCAACCGAGGUUAUGACGAGAAGCCAGAGGUUGCUCUGCCAAGUCAACUAAACGAUAAAGUGACCUUAACAGAGAAUUCAUUGAAAAAGAACAUAAAAGAAUCCAAGAGCAGACUCUUUUUGGAGAAGGACAAACGCAUUCUAGAAGAGCUGAAGAGCCUGCACUGUGACCCACAUCCAUUCUGCACAGUUUUGCCGUCAGAGUCAGACUUUACGUUUUGGAAGAUUCUCAUGCAAGGCCCUCCUGAUACACCUUAUGAGGAUGGAGUCUUUGAGCUGUACUGUCAGUUGGGAGCUGACUACCCCGUCAAACCUCCACAUGUGCGCUUUGUCACACCUGUGUACCACUGCAACAUAAACAGUGUGGGUCGUAUCUGCCACAACAUAUUUGACCGCAGCUACAACGCUCACAUAACCAUGAGAGAGAUCUUGGAUGCUGUAUAUGGACUGCUCAUUGUCCCUGAACCUGAUGAUCCACUGGACAGUAUUUUGGCAGAGGAAUACCUGACCAGCAGAGAAAAGUAUGAAGAAGAAGCCAAGAAGAACACAGAGGAAGUUGCAGGCCAAUCAAUGGAUGACAUGGAGAAGAAAUUGGUGGGUGAAGAGUUGACUGAGAAGUUUAUUCCUCCACAUCUGAUUUGUCCACUAACCAAAAAGAUGUUUGUUGAUCCAGUGAUGACCAAAUAUGGAACAAUCUAUGAGCGAAAAGCGAUUGAUAAUCAUAUAAAAACGUACAGGAUAGCGACUGAUCCAAAAACAAAAAGAUUCCUGAGAAGAACUGACUGCAAGCCACACCCAGACAUGAAGAAAAUGGCAAAGGACUAUCGCGAACAGCAGAUUCUGGAAAAUAGUGAUUAAAACACAAUAUUAUAGCCAAAUGUGUGUUCAAAUAAUGUUAAUGAUGGCGAUGAAAGUGGUACCCAUUGGGUUAUUGAAGUAUGAUAAAAUGUAAAUGUUAUUCAUUGAUUUCUGUACUGACAUUUUCUAGAGGGCUUUUAUGUUCUGAGGGGUUGAAUCUACACACUUUAUGUGUAGCUAAUAUGAGACAAUCAGUGGUCAUUUCCUGUUACUCUGUUAUAAUUUUUUUAUGUACAUUUUUUUUGUCACAGUUUCCCAGGAGAUUCCCAAUGUCUUGAUAGAGUGAUGUGGGUUACUUUUAAAUGCUGUUAAGGAAAUUCAAUGUGUGAGAUUAGUCGAAGGCCCACAAUGAUGGUGGUGUUUUCUUUUCAGGAGUUUACUCUAAUGAAACUUAACACAAUGAUUUAAAUAAUUAUUUGAUAUAAAUUAACACAAGAUAAUAAUUUUUAAUGGUUAUUAUCCUAUUAUUGAAGUAUUUCUGAUUGUUCAGUUAUCAAAUAUUCACAAUAUGCCCUGUCAGUUGAAGUUGUAUGUCAACCUUGCCACUCGGUACCUUGACUAAGACUGACACAGUUGUUGGUUUAGUGCAGCGGCUCUCAACCUUUUUUGGUGACUGAACCCCAAUCACAUUGUGCUCUGCCAAAGUAACCCCCCCCCCCCCCUUUUUUUUUUUGUUCUGCCACUUGGUGGCGCUGUGUGGCAACUAUAUCACUUCAUGGCCAUUUACCAGAGUUCUCUGUUAACACGUGAGACAAUCAGUUGUGGGAAAAGUACCCAAUUGUCACGCUUGAGUUAAAGUAUAGAUACCUUAAUAGAAAGUUACUCAAGUAAAAGUCACCAAUAAAAUACUACUUGAGUAAAAGUCUAACAAUAUUUGGUUUAAAAUAUACUUAAAUAUCAAAAGUAAAUGUAAUUGCUAAAAUACACUUAAGUAUCAAAAGUAAAAGUAUAAAUCAUUUCAAAUUCCAUAUAUUAAGCAAAGCAGUCGGCACCAUUUUCUUGUUUUUAAAGUGUACUGAUAGCCAGGGGCACACUCAGACAUUAUUUACAAAAGAUGCAUUUGUGUUUAGUGAGUCCGCCAGACCAUAGGCGGUAGUGUUCUCUUGAUAAGUGUGUGAAUUUCACAAUUUCCUGUCCUGCUAAGCAUUCAAAAUGUAAAGAGUACUUUGGGUUGUCAGGGAAAAUGUAUGGAGUAAAAAAGUACAAUAUUUUCUUUAGGAAUGUAGUGAAUUAAAAGUUGCCAAAUAUCAAUAGUAAAGUACAGAUACCACAAAAAACUACUUUAAAGUGUUUUUAGUACUUUACACCACUGGAGACAAUCAAUCACUCCUUGUUGUGGAGAAGUGUAAAUAAAACUAUAAUGCAACUGAAGAGAUCGUUAUAGAAAUGACAAGUUCUUAUCUUUGGUGUUAUCUUUGGUGAAAAGAUAGGCCUAUAUACAUUUUAUCACGGUCAGUUUUACAUUUGUGUGUGUGUUCCUAAUCUUAGACAAGUGUUGAGGCCCGUGCACAUGCUCUCACAAAAAUUUGAUGAGGUGUUGAAAAACAGUUCACACCAGGAUGGGUUCAUUUAGAAUUCACAAUGAUGAAAUCUCUACUGGAUGAAGACAUUCAAUGAUAUGCUGUUAAUGAAGACAUUCAAUUAUAUACUGUUACUGAAGACAUUCAAUUAUAUACUGUUACUGAAGACAUUAAAUUAUAUACUGUUAAUGAAGACAUUAAAUUAUAUACUGUUAAUGAAGACAUUCAAUUAUAUACUGUUAAUUAAGACAUUAAAUUAUAUACUGUUAAUGAAGAUAUGAAAUUAUAUACUGUUAAUGAAGACAUUCAAUGAUAUACUGUUAAUGAAGACAUUCAAUUAUAUGCUGUUAAUGAAGAUAUGAAAUUAUAUACUGUUAAUGAAGAUAUUCAAUGAUAUGCUGUUAAUGAAGAUAUGAAAUUAUAUACUGUUAAUGAAGACAUGAAGUGAUAUACUGUUAAUGAAGACAUUCAAUUAUAUGCUGUUAAUGAAGAUAUGAAAUUAUAUACUGUUAAUGAAGAUAUUCAAUGAUAUGCUGUUAAUGAAGAUAUGAAAUUAUAUACUGUUAAUGAAGACAUGAA